AUGAUGCUCCGGCGCUCGACGUUUCCGCCUUUCAUCCAUCCUCAUCAAGACAAAAGCAAGCUUCCUGUACCGCUAGCGAACUGCAUGGGAAUAGCUGUUUUGUAUGCCGCAAGGAAUAAAGACACUCAGGCCUUCUUGUGGAGAACGAUUCGAGAUGAGCAAGAAAGGAAUAAUUCGAAUUUGCAGAUGGCCGGCUGGUCUAAGUAUAACGUCUUUGCGGCCAUGCAAUCGCAAUUGAUUUACAUCAUGAUGCGAGUCGUGGAUGGCUGCUGCGGAGGAGAAGUUCAGAGUCGAGAGUACAAUACGAACAUGCUGCUGGCGUACAAGGGAUUCUGGAGUCACUUGGUUGCCUUAAAUGUGACUUCUUGCGAUGCUGCUGUCAACAAAACAAUUGAGUGGGAGGAUUGGGUUCUUGAAGAAUCUCUUGCGAGAAUUGCAUGCGUUUGGUUUCUUGUCGCUCAAAUCAGCUCGGUGAGAAUGGGUAUGCCAUGCGGUAUCCUAGAUGCUUGGCAUAAUCUGAGACUUCCGUGCCAUCAGUCGCAGUGGACUGCAAAAACAUCUGAAGAAUGGAAGGAAGAAACGGAGGCACUCAGUAAUAUGCGAAAUCUAGACAAGAGGCCUGUGACGUUUGGGGAUCUCUACGAGCUAAAUAAAGGAGCAAAUCACCAGGCAGUGAUUGACAGGCUGGAUGUCUGGAAUGCCGGGGUAGACAAUCUGGGUGUUCUACUGAACGUUGCUGUGAACAUGAUUUGA